AUGAAUCCACGUGACACAACCUCUGGCGAACCUUGUGUUGGUGACGCCAAUCAGCAGUCUGGUUCGAAACGCUCACGUGGUGCAAUUGACGGCAGCCAGGUCAUUGAAGGGGCAUCCAAGGCUCCCAGAGUGACUACCAGCAAUGGGGACACGAUGCUCACGUUUGGGAGAUACAAUGGUAAGACAUACAACUGGGUCAUUGAAAAUGCGCCCACUUAUGCAGAUUGGGCGCAGCGAAGCGUGGAUGCAGGUGAGGCAGGUGGAGCCUUGAUGGAUUUUGCUGAUUGGUCCUGUGGGAAGGGCAAGCUGCAGUUUGGAAAGCACAGGAACAAAACGCCCCAAUGGGUGUGGGAGCACGACAGGGGGUACGCCAAGUGGGCAGUUUCAGAAUGGGAUCAGCAUAGGGCAACAGGAUCAUCUGGACUGGCACGCUUCGCAAGGUUUGCAAAGAGGAAGAUGGAAGAGGAAGGGAAUGGGUGGGAGGAAGAAAGAGGGCAGGUUGAGCUUUGUGAAGGGGAUGAGGCCCCAUACAUCAACGAGUGGGGUUAUGAGCCCUUCGAAUGCUUUGUCGAGCGGUACAUACACUCACACCAGCAGAGGGGGGAAGCAGGGUACUGUUGGAAUUGGCUGGACGACGGGCAGUGCUUUAAUGGAAUGGUUUGCCGGUUCAAACAUCAGUAUCCCCCAUCGUGGAAUGCUGCAAAGCGUGAGCAGCAUCGUCAGAAAGUAAAGGAAGUUGAGGAGAUGGAAAGCCACAUGGCCGCCCUGUGCGAAGCUGAAGAGUGCUGUGAAGAAGAAGGCUGGGGAGAACCGGAGACAGAGGGGAGUGUCUCAGACAGCGAAUGUGAAAAUGAGGAACAUGAAGCAGAGGAUGUUCCCAGUGACUCGGAAGAAGCAGGAGAAGAAGAAGAAGAACUGACAGAAGGCGAUGAGGCUGAGGAAUGA